CUAAAGGGGUUCUUCCCCCAUGUGUCAGCUAACGAAAGCUAAAUCAUAUAUUUUCCAAAAAAAAUUUCUUCUCUUUUUUUCUUUUCUUUGGUUUCUCUCGGCUUCUCCGGCGAUUCUCUCGUGCUCUCCGCAGGACGACGAUGGCUGUUGUUCUCUCCUACGCACCUCCAAGGUUGAAACAAACGUAUUGUUUGUUCAAUUGCUCUCCUUCGCACCUCCAAGCUCUCCUUCGCACCUCCAAGGUUAAAAAAAUGGUUGAGAAAGUAAUUAAAGUUGAGAAGGAAGCAGCAAGAGAGUUAUCUGAAGCCCAAGCAGAGAUCAAAGCAUUGAAGUUGCCUGAACGGCAGAGAGAGAAGGCUGUCGAAGAGAAUCAGCAUGAGGUUAGAGAGUAAUGGGUUACAUACGAGCACAUGGUGCAGCUUUUCAUAGGUACAAGUACAGUGGAGAGGAUCACUCUUAUCUUGCCAAAUACCUUCUCAACCCUUUUUGGACUCGUUUUGUCAAAGCCUUCCCUCUAUGGAUGCCACCAAACAUGAUAACGCUUAUGGGGUUUAUCUUUCUAGUCACAUCUUCCCUGCUAGGAUACAUAUAUUCACCUCAGUUGGAUUCUCCUCCUCCACGAUGGGUGCACUUCGAACACGGUUCGCUCCUAUUCUUGUAUCAGACAUUUGAUGCGGUUGAUGGGAAGCAAGCAAGAAGAACGAACUCCUCUAGCCCCCUAGGAGAGCUUUUCGAUCAUGUUGAUUUUUCAGAAGGAAGAAGCUCGAGAGAUGGAGGCUGCCGUUCUAUUGAAGCCGACGCAUAGGCUCAAGUAUCAUUUUCUCCUCAGCUUCUGCCAUGUCCGGAGAAGAGAACGCUGUCGAACUCAAGAUUGGAGAUGGUAACCUCUCUGUUAUUCCCGUCUUUGUAUCCCCAGCUAUUGUAUUGCAAAAUUAAGGUUUUUUAUCUUCUUCUUUUCAUUCGAAUUGGUCUUAGUCCAUAACGAUUCUUUUCGAUUGAUCUUACACUUUUUCAAAAUUU